AUGGCGGCGGGCGCGGCCGUCAUGGCCGUGGGGCGGCGGGUGCUCCUGGGUGCCGCGCAGCGCCGCGCGCUCUGGGGGGGCUUCAGUACAUCUUAUACCAACAGGAAAAAGGAGGAAGAAUUAGAUAUAGAAAAAAUAGUAGAGCCAGAGGAAAAGGAGCCCAGUUUAAGGGUUCCCCCGCCACGCAGCAGAAAYUACGUCCCUCCAGCAAAUCUACAAAGUAACCUCGAGAUUCUUGUCAAAGAGAUAUUUGGGCCUUCAGUUCCUGAAAACUGGCAACAGACAUCCCUGAAAGAAAAUCGGUUAAAGUUUCUCCUCCUGGAUCAGCUGGCAUCAGAACUCGGUCAUACCGUCCCCAAUUCACAGCUCCAUCUGAUGUGCAGUGCUGCGGAUGUGUUGAAAUUCUACAGCACUCCUGUGAAGGAUGUGUCCAAGUUUGAUGAACUGUGUGCUGCAGAGCUACCCCCAAACCUGAAGAUUGUUUGGGAACAGUGAAUUGUACUGAGAGAUAUUGCUUUGUUUUACACGUGUUCCUAAGGGAGAAUGGUGCAGCAGAGCCYUUCCACCUGGUUAUGGGCCAAAAGUUUGAAUAUCAUGAAUAAAAGCUAAUAUCAGUGUCUUCAGAUGUCAUUGUUUGUGUUUAUGCUAUGUUCUGAAAAGAGCAGAAUUUUAUACUAUAGAAUAGUGACACAGUGUGGUCAGUGAAGUAAUAAUGUAUGUUUUUGUCCUGUGCYGUACUGCCUACAAGUUGUAGGACCUCGUGGCUGCAAAGCAGAGAGAACCAAUUCCCAUCUCUUUUCUGCACCAUGUAAACAUUCUGGUUUUCAAUCUGCAGUGUGCAGUGAUCAUGUAUUAGUGCUAGUGCAUUUUGUAUAUCAAGGGAGCUCUCAGACACUCAGACCAGGCCAACAAACAAGAGAAGCAGUGGAAUAGGGUUGYCUUUCUGUUGUUUGAUUGUUUCCUGUAAUUGAAAAGACCUCUCAGAACAAUUUCUAAAAGUCAACAGGUUUUAUUUUAGAUCAAGCUCCCCCACUCUGACAAUACAAACCUAGUGAGUGCAAAGUGGAAUUCUGUAAUGUAUUGACUCAGCAGGAGAGAUCUAUUUAGCAGUUCUAUUGAUUCUCAAAGCAGC